AUGACCUCCAACGAGGCUGGCGACAACAAGGCCACCAUUUCUCAGCACGAGGAUGGCACCAACCCGGCUGUCAACCCCACAACCAGGCCGGACACGAUCGACGACGACCCCGAGACCCGGUCCGUCGACAUUGACACCAAGCAAGCCAACACGCGUUAUGGCGAGAUUGACAGGGAGCUCGCCAACUAUGUCAACGCCGAGCGUAUCGAGAUCUCGCCCGAGCGCAGCGACCAGCUCCGCCGCAUGAUCGACAAGCGCGUCCUCAUCGUCAUGAUCUUGACGUACUUCCUCCAGGCCAUCGACAAGGGCACCAUGUCCUUCUCCUCCAUCAUGGGACUCCCCGAGGACACUGGCCUGGUGGAUGCCGAAGGCAAGCUGGAGCAGUCGUACUCCUGGCUGACGACGUGUAUCUACAUUGCCGUCCUCAUCGUCGAAUACCCCCAGAACUGGCUCAUCGCCCGCGUCCCCAUCGCCAAGUACCUCAGCUUCUGCAUCGUCGCCUGGGGCAUCACGCUCGCGUGCCACGCCGCCUGCACCAGCUUUGAGGGCCUGCUCGUCGUCCGCACGCUGCUCGGUAUCUUCGAGUCGGUCUGCCAGCCUGCUUUCGUCAUCCUGUCCGGCAUGUGGUACCGCCGCGAGGAGCAGGCUUCCCGCGUGACGUACUGGUACAUGAUGAACGGCGCGCAGCAGAUUGUCGGCGGCCUGCUCGCCUACUGCUUCAGCCUCAUCAAGACGGGCCCGCUCGCGUCGUGGCAGUGGCUCUUCCUCACGUACGGCGUCAUCUCGGUCGUGUUCGGCCUGUGGGUGGGCUUCUGGAUGCCCGACUCGCCGAUGCGGGCGCACUGCUUCACCGAGGCGGAGAAGCACGAGAUGGUGGAACGCGUGCGCGACAACCAGACGGGCAUCCAGAACAAGACGUUCAAGCGGCACCAGUUCGUCGAGGGCCUGACGGACCCGCAGGUCUGGGGCUACUGCGGCAUCGCCUUCUGCACGACGCUGCCGACGUCGGGCCUCGGCGCCUUCGCCAACAUCAUCAUCAAGUCGUUCGGCUUCAGCCUCAUCGAGACGCAGCUGCUGGCCAUGGUGCUGGGCUUCUACAUCAUCAUCGUGCUGCUGAGCUCCGUGUGGCUCGCCAAGCGCUACGGCCAGAACCUCUGGAUCAUGCUCGUCUACUGCCUGCCGUCGUUCGCCGGCACGGCCGUGCUCAUGACGGUGCGCACGGGCAGCAUGGGCACCAACGUCGGCCUGCUCAUCUCGUACUACAUCACCCUCUCCUUCUGGGCCGCCCAGACGCUCGCCCUGUCGCUCAUCUCGCGCAACAUUGCCGGCCAGACCAAGAAGACGGUCGCCGUCGCCAUGAACUUUAUCUUCUGGGCCGCCGGCAACGCCGUCGGGCCCCAGGUCUUCCUGCAGCGCGACCAGCCCCGCUACCUCAUCGCCUUUUCCACCCACAUGGGCUGCUACGGCCUGCUCGUCCUCAUCAUCGUCGCCCUGCGCUUCCACCUCGUCCGCCAGAACAAGAAGAGGGACGACCUGGCCGCGUCGGGCGUCGCCGAGGCGAGCCCCGACUUUACCUCCCACGCCUACGAGGAUCUCACGGACAGGGAGAACCUGGCGUUCCGCUACGUGUUCUAG